AUGGCGGCGCGCCUGGUCCUUCCGGUGCUGGUGCUCCUCUCCACUACUCACUGUGCCCCUCAAGCCUCCGGGAUCCGCGGAGAUGCUUUAGAGAAGUCCUGCCUGCAGCAGCCCCUGGACUGUGAUGACAUUUACGCCCAGGGCUAUCAGGCAGAUGGUGUAUACCUCAUCUAUCCCUCCGGUCCCAGUGUACCUGUGCCUGUCUUCUGUGACAUGACCACUGAGGGCGGAAAGUGGACAGUUUUCCAGAAAAGAUUCAAUGGUUCAGUUAGUUUCUUCCGGGGCUGGAAUGACUACAAGCUGGGCUUUGGCCGUGCAGAUGGAGAGUACUGGUUAGGGCUGCAGAACCUCCACCUUCUGACACUGAAGCAGAAGUACGAGUUACGUGUGGAUUUAGAGGACUUUGAGAAUAACACUGCUUUUGCUAAGUAUAUUGACUUCUCCAUCUCACCCAAUGCAGUCAGUGCUGAGGAAGAUGGCUACACUCUCUAUGUGGCAGGCUUUGAGGAUGGUGGAGCAGGCGACUCCCUAUCCUACCACAGUGGCCAGAAAUUCUCCACCUUCGACAGGGACCAGGACCUCUUUGUGCAGAACUGUGCAGCCCUCUCCUCAGGGGCUUUCUGGUUCCGUAGCUGCCACUUUGCCAACCUCAAUGGCUUCUACCUGGGGGGCUCACACCUCUCCUAUGCCAAUGGUAUUAAUUGGGCCCAGUGGAAAGGCUUCUACUACUCCCUCAAGCGCACGGAGAUGAAAAUCCGCCGAGCUUGA